GGACGUUGUAGACAUAUGUAAAUAUAAAAAAUUUGAGGUUGAAGGGAUGAAAAUGAUUUGAAUUUUGUCAAUAAAACUUUAACCAAUAGAUUCAAAAUGGAUUAUUUAAAAUAUUCUCAUUAUUUCUCCCUACCCACACAGGGCAAUAUUUAUUCUUUGGCGAACUUGGAAUUAGCUAAUGGCACGUCGAAGCUCCUUGUGGCUUCUUUGAAAAGAGAAAUUUUUUGUUUCGAAUAUAUAGAUGGUCCAAAUAAUCAGUUGAUCCCCACAGCUAGGGAAGUUUCGUUUACUUACAUACCAACUGGUGCUGAAAUUAUAUCAAUAGAUGCUUAUAAUAAAUCUUCAAAUAAUAAUGAAUUUGUUGUUGGUAUAACGAUAAUUAAGAAUAGAAAUGAUUCAGAUGCAUUAGAAACAUACCUAAAUAUAUAUUCAGGUUGGGAAGCUUCAGAUGAUUUUAACAUAGAAAAUAUAGCCCAGAAUUGUCAGAAUGUUGAACUUAAUUUUAUUCCAUAUAGACUGAUACAUACUGACUUGAUACACUGGGAAAAUGAUGAUGUAGUACUGAAGGAGAAAGUAUUUUUACUCUCUGGUAGUGAUAAUCUCAUUCAUGUUUUUCGAGAAGGUUCAGAUCAUUUAUUCAGAGAAAUCGAAGCUAAAGAAUAUUUUCCAGAAUUGAUGAAAACUCCCAGUCCAGUUGUCUGGAUGGAAUCAUUGUAUAUAAACGAUGAAUCUGAACGAUUAGUUGUGACAGGGUGUGAAUGUGGUUACCUCAGAUUGGUAAAAGUAUGUACAAAAACAAAGAAAAUCAUGUUCAAUUUUUCUACUCGAUUAGAUAAUUUUAUCUCAAAUGUUAAGCUGUACAGAUAUGAAAGAGCUGUAAAUAUGAUUGUAAUAAGCAGUGUUUUAAGUCCCAUAGUCUUCAAUGAUGUUUUAAAAUAUGGUCUAAGCAAUUAUGUAUCUCUACCAAGGGAUAACUCUACCACUAUUCUGACCUGCUGUGAUGUUUCUGAUAUAGACCUGGAUGGUAAUUUGGAAAUUCUUGUUGGAAGCAGUGCUAAAGAAAUUAUUUUAUACAAAUAUUAUGAUGAUAAAUGGGUAUUGGAAGAUAUAAAGAAGGUUUCCUCCCCAAUUUUUGGUCUUCAAAUUAUUGAUAUAACUGGAGAUGCGGUUAAAGAGUUGGUUGUUUUUUCUAUGAAAGGGGUGCAUAUAUUUCAGCAAGAUCCUGAUUAUGUUCAGAGGAUUCUUAAUAACAAAAUAGGAAAUCUCUCCAAAGAAGAUAAGGAAAUGAUGAAAAAAAUAUGUGAUUCCUUGUGAAAUCUGUAAAAAGAUUUAAAACUUAUGACAGUCUUCAAUAAAAUUUUCACAAUAA